UCUGACCACCGCCGUUUACCCAGAAAGAAGAAGACGCGCGGUAUGUUUCCCUGCAGUGAUUAAAACAAAACUCUUCAAUUAUACUAAACAGCUUUUAUGGUUUCUCUUGCGCCUGUGCGAGAUAAAGAGUUACUUUGGGUUGACUAGGCUUAUGCGCUCCAGCACAGCGUGUUCUCCAAGACAGGUUUGUAAAAAUGUCUUCUGUUAAGGAGGAAUUUGAGGAUGUCAGUGUCAUGGAAGCGUCUGGACUCAAGAUGGAAGACAAGGAUAUGGAAACAGGAAUGGUGUUACAAAGAGUCAUUAAGGAGGAGUUCAAAGUGGAAGUGCAGCCAUUUGAGGAAGUAUGUGCUGCACUGAAAACUGACCAAACUACUCAGCAUGAAAGAAGCUCCAGUGAUUCCUCCCAACAGGAAGAUCACCUGAGAGUUCAUACUGGAGAAGAAGCUUUCAGCUGUUCACAGUGUGGGAAGAGUUUCACCUCUCAGAGAGCUCUGAAACAUCACAUGGAUGCCCAUGAAGGAAAGAGACCUCAUCAGUGCUCUCAAUGUGAAAAGAGUUUCAGAAGUGCGUCAUAUUUAAGACAACAUGAAAAGAUUCAUACUGGAGAAAAGUCAUUCGCCUGCUCUGAGUGUGGUAAAGGUUUUUCAACCUCAAGAAAACUUGAUGUGCACAUGACAGUACAUACUGGGAAAAAGCCCUUUUCCUGCUCUGAAUGUGGAAAAGGUUUUUUAGCAUCAAGCUACCUUAAAACCCACAUGAUGAUUCAUACAGGAGAAAAGCCUUUCAGCUGCGCCCAAUGUGGGAAGACUUUUUUGACCUCAGCGCACUAUAAAGUCCACAAGAUGAGUCACACUGGAGAAAAGCCUUUUACCUGCUCCGAGUGUGGAAAAAGUUUUUCAAUGUCAGGCCACCUUAAAACCCACAUGAUGAUUCACACUGGAGAAAAGCCUUUUACCUGCACUCAGUGUGGGAGGAGUUUUGUAUGUUUCGCAGAGUUAAAAGCACACCAAAGGAUUCACACUGGAGAAAGGCCUUUUGUCUGUUCUGAGUGUGGAAAGACAUUUAGAAUAAAGAGAAACUUUAAAUUCCACAUGAUGAUUCAUACUGGAGAAAAGCCGUGUGCCUGCUCUGAGUGUGGAAAAAGUUUUUCAAACUCAAGCCACCUGAAAGCCCACAUCAUGAUUCAUACUGGAGAGAAGCCGUUUACCUGCUCUGAAUGUGGGAAGGGGUUUUUAACAUCAACUCUCUAUAAAACCCACAUGAUGAUUCAUACUGGAGUAAAGCCAUUUGCCUGCUCUGAGUGUGGGAAAGGUUUUCCAAAUGCAAGCCUGCUGAGAAACCACACAAUGAUUCAUACUGGUGAAAAGCCAUUCUCCUGUUCCAUGUGCGGAAGAUGUUUUUGUAAGUCAAGCGAUGUUAAAAGACACAUGAUGAUUCAUACUGGAGAAAGGCCUUUUGUCUGCUCAGAGUGCGGAAAAGGUUUUUCUAAAUCAAGCAACCUUAAGGCACACAUGAUGACUCAUACUGGAGAAAGGCCUUUUACCUGCACUCAGUGUGGGAAGAGUUUUUUUGCAUCAUCUCACUUUAGGUCCCACAUGAUGAUUCAUAGUGGAGACAAGCCUUUUGCCUGCUCUGAGUGUGGAAAAGCUUUCAUAAUGUCAAGCAGUCUUAAAAUCCAUAUGAGGAUUCAUACUGGAGAAAAGCCAUUUGCCUGUUGUAAGUGUGAUAAAAGCUUUUGUAGAGCAAGUGACCUUAAAAGACACAUGAUGAUUCAUACUGGAGAGAAGCCGUUUUCCUGCUCAGAGUGCGGGAAAGGUUUCCCAGAUGCCACCCGCCUGAAAAAACACAUAAUGAUUCAUACUGGUAAAAAGGGUUUUAACUGUUCUCAGUGUGGAAAGACUUACAAGACAAAGAAAGCAUUUGACAACCAUAUGACAGUUCACACAUAAUAAAUCAAGUGCGUUUACAUGCCUGCAGAAAAUCAGACUGUGUCAGUAACUGGUUCAGUGGGUUUACACUUAAUAAUCUGAUAACUGCUGUAAAUCAGACUGUGUCAGUAACUGGUUCAGUGGGUUUACACUU